GUCGACUACGUGAUGACGUCAUUUCCCAGAGACGUCAUCUAUCAGCGACACACCGAGGCCAGUGGGAGGGAAUUGUUUGUACCAUUGAUUUGAAAAUGGCACCGUCACCUACAAAAAGGAAAGAGCGGUCUGAGGAUAAAACGAAGGAGCGAGGCAAAGAGAAGUCUGGAACCAAGGAAGGAACAGAUAAAGACCGCGGCCGAGACAAGACGCGCAAACGUCGCAGUGCAUCCACAGGAAGUAGCAGCAGCAGGUCCAGCUCGUCUUCCAGCAGCAGCUCCGGUUCUAGCUCCGGUUCCUCCAGUGGAUCCAGCUCCUCGUCCGGUUCCAGCCGCUCCGGUUCCUCCUCCCGCUCUUCCUCCUCCUCAUCCUCUUCAUCGGGGUCUCCUAGUCCCGGCCGCAGGAGGCACGAUAACCGCCGCAGGUCUCGUUCAAAGUCACAGAAACGAGGGGAGGAGAAGGAGAGGAAGAAGAGAUCUCCGAGCCCCAAACCCACCAAAAUUCACGUCGGACGACUCACCCGUAACGUUACCAAGGACCACAUUCAGGAGAUCUUCGCGACUUACGGCAAGAUAAAGAAUGUGGAGAUGCCCACGGACAGAUUCCACCCGCACCAGUCUCGAGGCUACGCCUACGUGGAGUAUGAAACGCCAGAGGAGGCGCAGAAAGCCCUCAAGUACAUGGAUGGAGGUCAGAUUGAUGGUCAGGAGAUCACCGCCAUCGCCAUAUUGACCCAGCGCACUCGCCCGCCCCCACGCCGCGCCUCGCCCCCCCGCAGGAUGCCUCCGCCCCCCCCCAUGUGGCGCCGCACCCCUCCCCGCAUGAGGAGAAGGUCUCGGUCACCACGGAGACGGUCACCUGUCCGCCGGCGUUCCCGCUCCAGGUCCCCGGGCCGCAGGCGCCACCGCUCCCGCUCCAGCUCCAACUCCUCCCGCUAGAGACCGGCGCGUGCGCACGUCCGUCCCCGCCGGCCGCCGUGUUCCGAGCGGCGUCGCCCGACUCUCUGUGCCGCAGUCGCCGCCGCCGUCUCUGUCGCCUCAGAGCCUACAGUAGUCACUGUCGACGUUAUUUUAUGAUUUUUAUUUUGAAUUAUUAAAGGUGGAAGAAGUCAAUGUCCUGGUGAAAUAUCACUUUUGUCUCAUUAAUAAUAGGUGCUGCAUACUGGAUUCACAGUGCUGUCUUGUUCUAGAAACAAUUUAGAUCAGACGGGGGAAUCAUUUUGCUACACACUGACUUUUGUACUUGAGUUUUGUCAAUUAAACUUAUAAAUGACCUUUUAA